AGAAAAAAGAGGUGGGACGGCAGCGUGAAAAAUCAUUGGCAGGAGGAAGUCGUGUCGCACUGCUGUUGGAACGAAGCUCCUGCCCUUUGACUGUCCCACACUGAUUCUGCGUCGAUGGUCUGGAGAGUUAUCGUAGACAACGGCCCGGCAUGGAAUUCAGUCGCUUCAACGCCGCCUCGUGUUUGCAGUGGUUUGCUUGAUCCGACAGCGUGACUUCGUGGCCACGUGUUCCUCGUUCUGAAGACGAUACGGGCAGCAACCUCUGAAGUGAAAGCCUGCAUACGUCGCAGUAUACGCCUGCAGGAUCCUUGCAGAAGACGUUCGCCUUUCGACAUGUUUGUAAGCUGCAAGCUGGUCGUACCGGCGGUAAUGCUGUAUUUGGCGACAUUAAUUUGCCAUGCCUCCUGUGGAUCACUUGGUCGUAGCGACCCCACUCUGCCGCACGUUCGGGUUCGGAGAACGCUGUACGGAACUCCGGAAGAGAAGUUUUUCCAGCUCAUGGCCUACUACAGGCUCAAAGUAGCCGUGAAGAUGCAAAAGACUGAGUGUUACAAGAGGUCCUUCUGUCAGGUGGCGCGUGCCUUGGGUACGGGCUCCUCCAAAACAACCUUCGUCGGCAGAUUCAUGAGGGGCGUAGCGGAGUUGCCUGACUCCCUCUUAGGAGCACUUGGCAAAGGGUGGAUUGGCCAAGACUGCGCUCAGGCGUACAGGUCGUGCGACCGAGCCAAGGACUACGUCCGGCGCAUUGUGGAAGCCGUGAUAAACACUAAACAGAGCACAGAGUGACACCCUGCAAGGAGCAGCUCGUUAGAGACCUUUUAUUUACACAGUGGACGAGGUUUACACCUCAAGAAGGAGUAUUCUUCGGCGCCAUCAUUGCGGGUUUCGGCAGAAGUUGCGGACCUUCGAACGGACACCGGUGUUGAGAGAGCGUGCUCACUGUUCUUAUUAGGCAACGUCGAAGCAUGUUAAUAAAUCACAAUUGUGUAUAUCA